AACGAAACCGGCCAUCUCACACUCAACCGCACGCCGCCGCCUCUCUCCUGACUGCGCGCAUCGUCGACACCGCCGACUGCCCACGCGAAUCCCAUCUGCUCCGCCCGGACGCUUGCCUCCACCGUCCCCUGUCCGCCCGAAGCAUCCGUCCACCAGCCCUGCGCCUUCUCGAAUCUCCAUCUUGCUUCGACUCAUCCCAUCCUCCCAUACGACCACACUCUUGCACACCACCACCUUCCUCUCCGCCUGGUUGCGCUUCUCCGCCAUCACCACAGCGCUCGGCUCUGGGAGUCUUCGCGCGCGGAUCGCUGCAGCCGCCCGCGCGCGCGCUGUCUCCUUUGUUGUCACUCGCUUAACCUGCGUUUCAUUAUCCACCCACCUUGAUUCAUGCCGACCUUUGCCAGCAACACCAACUCGCCGUCGCUGCAGAAAAUGGAGAUGAGCAAUGGCCGUUAUGGCGGAAAGAGGUUCGCCUUUGGCAACAUCGCAGGGGACCCGUUCUGGCUGGGUACCAUAGGCAUUGGCAUUUCUGGCUGGAUCAUUGCAUUCGUCAGCUCCAUCAUCGCCGAUAUUAAUACGGAUUACCCGAACUACUCCUGGUGGUCUUUAGUCUAUAUGCUGUUCUGCAUUGCCGGCGUCGUAUUCGUGGUCGGCGCAGAUGCAGUCUACACUUACCAUGUCGGUCUGACAAGCUUCCUGGGUGCUGGUCUGGUCUUCACCACCUCUUCUGUCAACUCUCUGAUUUAUUAUCCGGAUGCCGCCAAGGAAGCCGCUGCCGCUGGAUUCAUCUUGCUCUCGAUCGUCUCCAUAAUAUGGAUGCUCUACUUCGGCUCCCAGCCCUCAGCAAGUCACCGCCAGACACUUGAUUCCUUUGCCUUGCACAAGGACCGUGCACCGAGUCGCAACAGUAGAGCGAUGCGCCAGUCGUACCGUCCAGAAACAACGCACUCAGCUGGUCAAGCGCAACAACAGAUGUAUGCCUCUGCUCAGCUGAGUGGAUUCGAAACUGCGUCACCAAUCAGCGGAUACCCAGGUGGUCCAGCUGGUGCUGCUAACAGAGGCAGCGCUGCCCCAUAUGCGCAACAGCACUUGCGAUCUGAGCCGAGUGCAUUGUCGCGAGGCGCUGAUGGUGUCUCCGCAUCGGGUACCCUCCCAACGAAUGCGCAAGAAAGCUCGGGGUCUGCGCCGACAGAAUACCCAUACCGAGCCAAGGCCAUCUACAGCUACGAGGCGAACCCGGAUGAUGCUAAUGAGAUCUCCUUUACCAAACACGAAAUUCUCGAGGUUAGCGACGUCUCUGGAAGGUGGUGGCAGGCGAAGAAAGAGAAUGGCGAUACAGGUAUUGCGCCAUCAAACUACCUGAUCUUGUUAUGACCGGCAACACAGCAAGUCGAUUUGUGCGAUGAUAAAGAACAGUAAAGCAGAAACAUACAAGCAUGCUAUGAUGACGAGUUCUGCCAGUAUCAGUCAGCGACGACUUGAUGACUGGUCACGACGAAGUAACUCAGCGGUUGCAUGAUAUGGGACAGGAAGGUUUUCAUCCCAAGAACAUAUGGGCACAAAGGCCAAAGACGAUGCACAACGGGCAAACCGUAACGUAUGGCUACGGGUAUAUUCUAUUUUCUUGCUUUUGGCCUUUCUCUGGGACGGGAAAAGACGGCACUGUUCGGCGAAGGCAUGGCGUUAUGAUUGCAGGAACGGCUGUUUCUGGAAACGACAUUUGGGUGUGAUGGUGGGCUGAGGAUGAAAGCUGCUGCGGUGCAACUUUUGUUCCUUUUUGGGGCCCUUGCUUUCCAGCGACGAUACCAGUGCGACACUGAUUGAAAGAGAAGUUUCGAGUCCUCUAUGUCUUUGUUUUUGUAUGUGAGAGCACAGAGCGAGACGAAAGGUAGCAUUGAGGUAGACGGGUAUGACUUUUGGUUGAGCAAACGG